AUCAAAUUGCAGGCAUGAGAGAAGAUCAUCAAGGGAUAUCAACUUUAAGAAUAAAGAAAAUGCCAUGUGUCAAAUGAUUUUGAUCAAGAAGUAGAAGUGGUCAAUCACUGGCAAAUCUGUAGCAGUCAAAUGAACCUGUAAAGCGGGUAGUAACAUGAUUAGAUAAUUGCAUCUGGCUAAUGGUAGUAGGAGUAAAUGUCUUACAUCAUCGCAGUUUGUUCAUGAUUUUUAGCGACAUACAUAAAUAAACUAAAGCACACUAUACCAGGCUUUCAAAUGGUAUGCAAAGAAAACAGCCGCGAUGUAAAAUAUCCAUAAUGGAGCACAAUUGCUGUGCCCCUGAUCGUGGCCUGUCUAUAACUACCAGCAGUUGGGUGUCCAGACUUCUUCCGCAUUUUCCUACGACUUUCGGGCUGUGACGUGAGUGCUGACGGCGGCCUUGGUGCUGGCGGAGCUGGGGGCUGUAGAGAUUAUCAGUGGAGCUUCGAAAGUCUCGGCCCCUCCCUCCCUGCACCUCAGCGGCCCGCCCAGCUAGCACAAACUCCCGAUUGAAUCCUGCCCGAGUCUGGGGAAACCUGACGGCCUGGAAAUCGUGAGAGACCAACCUGUACUACACAAUCUGUGCUGCAGUGACAAAUGAGGUGUAAGGACAAUGGAUGAGGAUGAGACGAGGCUUGCACUCCAUUCCCAGGAUCCUAAAAUCAUUCUCCAUGGAUCAGCGAUAUGUUUAUGUAGGCCAACACGGAAGAUAUCCACCUGUUCCUGUGUUGGUGUGUUCCAGAUGAGGGUGGUGCUGGAGGGGAGGAGUUUGUGGUGGAGCUGCAGGAGACGGUGCUUGUGUCGGAGGGGGGAGGGGGAGGGGGAGGGAAUGGCGGUGCAUGGGUUCGCUCCAGAGGAGCUGGUGAUCCAGGAUGCGGUUGAGGACGUGGUGUCUGAGUAUGUGCACUGCGACGAGGACGAGGAGGUUGCUGUGGAAACAUGUGUGAUGUCGCUGGAGGGGGAGGACGAAGGCGUUGCCAUGGGGGACAUGGCUGAGGAUGAGAUGGUGGCAGACGGGCAUGCCCAGGAUGAACUGGACCCAGAGCAAGACACAGACGGCUGUGGGGACUACCUCAUGAUCUCCUUGGAUGAGGCAGGCAAGAUGGUGUCAGACGAUGGCACAGAGGUGACUGUGGAGGGAGCCGUAGAGGACCAGGUGGAGAAGGACGAGGAUGGCCAGGAGGUGAUCAAGGUGUACAUCUUCAAGGCAGACUCUGGGGAGGAUGACCUGGGAGAAACGGAGGACGCGGCACUGACUGACUCUACAGGCCGAACGCUCCGAGAGAAGAUGGUGUACAUGUCUCAGGGGGACCAUGGUGCAUCAAAGAUAUCUGAUGAGGUUUACAUGGAGGUGGUGGUGGGGGGUGAGGAGCCAGUGACCCAUGAGCGGUCUUACGAUGGCACGGCUCUCAGUAAGGACUUCAUGCCUGUGGCUUGGGCUGCCACUUAUGGUUCUGAGGACAGUGAAAGCUGUGAGAACCGGAACGGUGCCGCCAGUGCUCUGCUGCACAUUGACGAGUCAGACGGAGUGGACAAGGUCAGCAGGCAACGGAACAAGAAUAAGAGAACAAGGGCCGAGCCUCGCCAGGUCCAGACAGCCAUCAUUAUUGGUCCGUAUGGCCAGCCUCUGACCGUGUACCCCUGCAUGCUCUGUGGCAAGAAGUUCAAGUCGCGAGGCUUCCUGAAGCGCCACACCAAAAACCACCACCAGGAUGUCCUGACCAGGAAAAAGUACCAGUGCACUGACUGUGACUUCACCACCAACAAGAAGGCCAGCCUUCAUAACCACAUGGAGGGGCACACGCUGAGCUGCAAGGGUCUGUUUGAGUGUGAGGUGUGUGGCAAGGAGUUCCACCAGCAGGCAGUGCUCUUCUCGCAUCGAUUGCAGCACCACCACCGUGAGCCCAAGAGUCCGGUGCCUUCACAGGCCAAUAAGAUGCACAAGUGUAAGUUCUGUGACUACGAGACGGCUGAACAAGGUCUGCUCAACCGCCACUUGCUGGCUGUACAUAGUAAGAGCUUCCCCCACAUCUGUGUGGAAUGUGGCAAGGGCUUCCGGCAUCCCUCCGAGCUGAAGAAACACAUGCGCACGCACACCGGCGAGAAGCCUUACUCUUGCCUCUACUGCGACUACAAGUCGGCUGAUUCCUCCAACCUGAAGACUCAUGUCAAGACCAAGCACAGCAAAGAGAUGCCCUUCAAGUGUGAGCGCUGCUUCCAAACAUUUGCUGAGGAGGAGGAGUUGCUGCAGCACGGGCUGACGCACGAGGAGGCCAAAACCCACCUGUGUGCCCACUGUGAACACAAGAGCUCCAACUCCAGUGACCUGAAGCGCCACAUCAUAUCGGUGCACACCAAGGACUACCCCCACAAAUGUGCCGUCUGCGAUAAAGGCUUCCACCGGCCAUCUGAACUGAAGAAGCACUCUGCGUCUCACCGUGCCAAGAAACUGCACCAGUGCCGACACUGCAACUUCAAGAUCGCGGACCCCUUUGUGCUCAGUCGCCAUAUCCUGUCGGUUCACACCAAGGAGCAACAGGCCUCUCCUGAAAAGAACGGGCCCAAAAGGACCUUAUUGGGGCCUUCCCCUGCCAGUCCACCGGUGGCAAGGAAGCAGGUGUUGGUACCUGGUGCUAGUUCUAGUGCUGCGGGAAUGGCCAAGGGGCCCAGGGAGAGGAGGGUGUACCAGUGUCAGUACUGUGACUACAGCUCUGGGGAUGCCUCGGGCUUCAAGCGCCAUGUGAUCUCCAUCCACACAAAAGACUACCCCCACCGCUGUGAGAUCUGCUCUAAAGGCUUCCGCAGGCCGUCGGAGAAGAGCCAGCAUAUCGCACGCCACCACAAGGACUUAGUGCAGGCAGAGUGACCCUAGCACAACCUACCCCUCAUACCACAACAAAAACACAGAUGGAACCACUAACCCACCGUAAUCAAUUGUAUGUAUGUGUGUAUACUGAACAAAAAUAUAAAUGCAACAAUUUCAAAAA